UGUGGAAAUCUGAUCCUCUUAUCUUGACCACAAAACAGAACAGUUGCAACCAUACUCAUCCAUGCCAACUGCUGAAUCUCGAAGAACACAGCACACAAUCUGCUAAACAUGGCGGGGAUCGUCGGAACUUCCUCCGCUGCUGCUGUAUGGACUACCAGACCCAUAUCUUCUCACUCAUCCAAGACUUCUCUCAUUCGUCCCCUUGCCGUUGGGCGGAGUUCUUGGAAGAAAAUCAAUGGCGGGAUUGGAGCCCCACUCAAGAAAGAGCGUUCGCAAUUUCAUGUCGCUGUAUCUAAUGUUGCCACUGAAAUCAGCACUGCGCAAGAACAGGCUCAGAAGGUUGCUGAGGAGAGCCAGAGGCCUGUAUAUCCAUUUGCAGCUAUAGUUGGGCAGGAAGAGAUGAAACUUUGCCUCCUGCUGAACGUGAUUGAUCCUAAGAUAGGAGGUGUGAUGAUCAUGGGUGACAGGGGAACCGGGAAAUCGACAACUGUGAGGUCUCUGGUGGAUUUACUUCCUGAAAUCAAAGUAGUUGCUGGCGAUGCCUUUAAUUCAGAUCCUGAGGAUGCUGAAGUGCAAGGUCCAGAAGUUCGUGAGAAGCGUAUUAAUGGCGAACAGCUCCCAGUCAUAUCCAUCAAGAUCAACAUGGUUGAUUUGCCGCUGGGAGCUACAGAGGAUAGAGUUUGCGGAACAAUUGACAUUGAAAAGGCUCUUACAGAGGGCGUGAAGGCGUUUGAACCUGGUCUCUUGGCGAAGGCAAACAGAGGGAUACUUUAUGUAGACGAGGUCAAUCUUUUGGACGAUCAUUUAGUAGACGUCCUCUUGGAUUCUGCUGCCUCGGGUUGGAACACUGUUGAAAGGGAGGGAAUCUCUAUUUCCCACCCUGCCAGGUUCAUACUCAUUGGCUCUGGAAAUCCAGAAGAGGGAGAACUUAGGCCUCAACUUCUUGAUAGAUUUGGUAUGCACGCUCAAGUCGGAACAGUGAAGGAUCCCGAGCUUCGUGUAAAGAUAGUUGAUGAAAGAGCAAGAUUUGAUAGAAAUCCCAAAGAAUUCCGCGACACCUACAAAGCCGAGCAAGAAAAACUCCAGCAACAAAUCACCACUGCCAGGAGCUCGCUAUCAGCUGUUACCAUUGAUCAAGAGCUCAGAGUCAAAAUCUCGAGGGUCUGUGCUGAGCUGAAUGUUGAUGGACUAAGAGGCGAUAUAGUCACCAAUCGGGCAGCGAGAGCACUGGCAGCUCUCAAAGGAAGAGAUAAAGUAAUCGCGGAGGACAUUGCAACCGUCAUCCCAAACUGCUUGAGGCACCGUCUCCGGAAGGAUCCUUUGGAGUCUAUUGACUCAGGGCUACUAGUGAUUGAGAAGUUCUAUGAGGUUUUUAGCUAAGAUAGAUAACUUUUGCAGUCCUCAAGCUCAUUUUUUUGGCACUGUUGGAGUAUUAAUGAGCAUAAUUCAACUCAUAUUGCUAAUGCAGAUCUUUGUUGUUAGCCAUGGAAUGAUCUAUAUAUUGUAUCGAUGAAGCUGUUGGAUUGUAAUGACUAUUGAUUGA